CAAUCGGCAUCGAUACCUUUGCGAAAGUACUCGAGUCGCCGCUGCUUGGUUGACGUUGAUAUACUGUUAUUCGACUCUGGUACCAACAACUCGGCAUAUUCCUCAUCCGAAGAACAAUCCAAAUUCUCUUGAGAAUUUGACAUAAUGUACAACAACAAAUUUUGUUAGCAAGGUUUCAGAAUCGAACGAAAUAAUGUUUUGAAAAACUCUUUCAAAACAGGAUGCUAUGUACUUUUGUUUUCAAGCUAAAUCUUUAGAUUUUGCUAAUCCAAGCAAUCGGAUAAAAUUACAAAAUUUAUAUGUAUUGCAAGAUACGACGCCUGGACUUGCUCCGUAAUGGACACUCGUCGGACUGUGAACUGCACGUCUGGUAUGGAGGAGAGCAGCGCAACAAGCAAUGCUGUCGCCAGUUUCGUUGUCACAAAAUAAUGCUGGCAUCCGCAUCUGAAGUAUUCGCAUCAAUGAUCAGACAUAAGGACUUUGAGCGAAAUAACCGGAUACUGUGUGUGGAUGACGCCUCGCCGGAUGCAUAUGAGACACUGCUGCUCUAUAUAUACACCUAUGAGAUAUAUAAUGAUAUCACCAUCGAGAUGAGCGCCGAUCUCAUCUAUUUGACAAGCAAAUAUAAAAUGCCCGACUUUGUCGAAGUUUACAUUGGCAAGUUGGCAAACCAAAAUUGGUCCAUGUCGGCGGUGCUGCAAAUCUUUCAGCUGGCCAACGAGCAUAAUUGGGGGACUAUAAUAGAGGUGGUGGGACAGAAAAUUGUGCCGGUUGCAAGACAGUCGCUCAAUGACAACUCCUUUCUGAAGUUCAGCGUUAAGGAGCUAAAUGCGCUAAUGGUAAUUUUGAAAACCACGGGCAUUAUACCGGACAAGGAGUUGCUGUUGGCCUUGAAAAAAUAUCAGUUUCACAAUGAAUUGCGCUAUGAAAAUAUGGUUUGCUUUCAGCAGUUUGUCGAGGUGACGCAUCAAUUUGACAACGUAAUGUUCGAAGCAGAUGGCACGUUGGUUAUAAGCGACACAGGCACUGAAUCGACGGAGCCUGAAGAACCAAAGGGUGCAGAAGGAGCAGACUUGCAAGUAGAGCCGGUACCCACUGUGACCGGAACAGGUUCAAAGCAAUCAGAAUUACGUGAAGUAACAUCAAAACCUUUGGACGAAGCUGAACUUGAGCAAAUGUCAAAAUCAACUUUGGACAUCACUAAGAGCAAAUCAAAGUCGCAAGAAUCGCAACCCUAAAUGCAAUCCAGCUCUGAUUGGUUUUUGUAUACAAAAGAGUUAAGGAAAAGUUGCUGAAAGUUGAAGAAAACAAUCCAGUUUUGCACAUUCCUUUGACCCCUUGUUACCACAUCCAUCUAGAGUACUUUUUAAUAAUAAUUUUUUCAGAUGAAAGAUAUAGAAUCACACAGAGUUCGCCUGGGACUGGAGAUUUUUCCAAUCCGAAAUCCAUUUGGAUGCGAAUUUAUCCUUGGUGUAUUUAAAGCUGAUUUCCCUCUGAUUCAACCAAGUUGGGUGAAUUGAACAAUGUUUCACAUUAUUUACAAGUUUAUUUAAGAAUAUGUAUAGAUUAGAUUAAAACUUGUACAGAUUGUAA